AGUAGCGGAAAGUUUUCAGUCUUACUUCCGACACGAGAUCUCCGGUGAGCCUCGCAACUCCCGGCGAAAAGAUCAGCCAUGAGCGCCGAUGGGGGUGGCCGUGAGGAGGCGGCCCGGUGGCUCGAGAUCGCCGAGAGGCUACUCCGAGCGCGGGAUCUCGUAGGGUGCAAGCGUUUCGCGGAGCGCGCGGCGGAGGCAGAUCCCUUCGUCGGAGGCGGUGCGGCCGAUCAGGUCAUCGCGGUUGCCGACGUCCUCCUCGCCUCCCAGAUCCGCGUGAACAACCAUGUGGACUGGUACGCCGUGCUUCAGCUCGAUUAUUCCUCCCCUUUUGACCGUCAGCCCUCUGCCGUCCUACGCCAGUACAGCCGGUUUGCGCUCCUCCUCCGUCCGGAUCGCAACCACCUCGAUGGGGCAUCGUUUGCCUUCAACCUCGUAUCUGAUGCCUGGGCUGUCCUCUCAGAUCCCAGCAAAAAAGCCCUUUUUGACUCCGAGCUCGACAUCGCCGUUGCGGCCGCAGCGGCUCAUCCACCUCCGCCUCCUCCUCCGCUUCCCCGUCAUGAUUCGACGAUCUGGGCGGCGUGCACGUCCUGCUUCCAUCUUCACCAGUAUGGCAGCGAAUACAAAGGCAAGAUCCUACAGUGCCCUAACUGCCGGCGGACUUUCUGCGCCACUCCUUUGCAAGCCGAGCCGCCUAUAGUCCCGGGCACCGACACGUACUACUGCUCGUGGGGAUUUGUUCCCCUGGGGUUCGAUCCGCCGGAAUUUGGCGCUGGAUGGAAGCCCUUCCGGCCAAUCUUCCCACUCACUCCAGCCCUUCAACCUCCAUCCUCGGAACAAAAACAGGCGGCCGCUACCCCUGUAAAGGCGACACCUUUAGUUUCCAGAAAGAAAACCAUGGCUAAGAAAAGCGUAGGGGGGAGCAUGCCGAAGAAGGUUUCGGUAUCGGAUGGUGGAACGAGGAGCUCUGAGAGGCUCAAGGCUAGAUCGGCCACUAUCGACAUGAACAUCGAAACUCAAUGAAUCGAUUUGAGACCUCGGAGAUCAAGAAGCUCAAAGCUUGCUUUCGAUAUGGUUGCAGAUGGCACUGAAACCUUUCUCACUGCAUUGCCUGAUGCAACAAUUCCUGAAUCCAAAAAUGUCUUAGAUUUGUGUUCACAGGAAUCAUGUGUAGCUGCUGCUUCAGUUGAUUGCCAUCAUGAAGAAAUAUGACUUCCAAACAACUUUGUUUGAGGUAAUUACUACUUUUCUUAAUGUUAAUUCUGUCCUUCUUCUUUGUUUGUUUGAAAAAUAAAAAAUUGGCAUUGAAUCUUGAGUCCUGUUGAACUAUCCUAGGAAUGGAACUGAUUGUUAUAUUGGUUCUAUUGCUCAUGUGGCCAUUACAUAAUCUUAUGCUGAUUUAGUAUUGUGAUUCUGCUCUGCUUGUUCUCUAUUUCUUGGUACAGCUCUGUAAUUUGACAAUGAUGAAUGUUUAUUUUCAACUAGUAGUUACCUUGCAUC